UUUGGGGUCCCGAACUACAAGGUUGAGCCGAGACUAGACUGUAAUCGCGUGCUAUAGACCAUUCUUAAAUAAGUGAGACACACAUCAGGCAUGGAUAGGAGUUUAGUGUCAGCAGUGAAGGGAAACAAAUUUGAUGAGGUGGAGAGUCUCUUGAAGUCAGGAGCCUCACCUGAUGCGUGUGAUGUUGAUGGAAGUCCUGUACUUGUGACAGCUUGUGAUAGAGGCUUCAUUUCCAUUGUAAGACUUUUGUUGCAGAAAGGAGCAAAUGUUAACAAAACUUAUUUUAAUGGUGUGACUGCUUUAAUGAGAGCAGCAUUUCGAGGUGAUGAUUCGCUAAUUGUUAUGUUAUUAUCAGCUAAUGCUGAUGGUAAUCUGAAGAAUGUGAGUGGAAGGACAGCAUUGCAUCGUGCUGCUCUCAACAAUCACUCCAAAGUUGUUCGUAUUCUGUUAGAGAAUGGAUGUGAUAUGAAUAUAAAAGACAAUAAAGGAGAAACUGCGUUGCAAUUAUCUGAGAGAGAGAAUAGCAAAGAUGCUGCAGAUGCAAUCAAGUUGUUUACUGUGAAAUUCACAGCUCCAUCAUCAUCAUUGCCUGUCAACUCUUCAACUCCUUCUGUUGUUGACCGCUUGGGUCCUGAAGGGAAAGCUCAUUUUGAUCAAGCAUGCAAAAAAGGCAAAGUGCCAGGCAACACGGUGUUGAUUGACUGUAUGGGGGAGGAAGAUGCUGGAAAGUCUUGCCUUGAAGCUUCAAUGACGGACAAACCAUUUGUUGAAGGUCAGGAGAGCACGGAGGGAGUAAAGGUGAAGAUGAUGAUCUCACAAGCAGUUGGCCACGGCACCGACUGGAAGGAAUUGAAAAGUGAAGAGGAGAGACAAACGCAUCUCAGCAAGCUGUUUGCAAGAGAAUUUGUUGUUCAUGACAAGGAACAACAGUCCAGCACAGCAAAGCCAGGCGAGCAAGAGCAAAACCCACAAGCAAGUUCUACAGAAUCUGAUUUGAAAGCAAAUGUGAAUGCAAAAGCAAGCAGUUCGAAGUCAAUGUAUGCUCAAGCUGAGAGUCAUCUAGUAGGAUACGAAGAUUUCAAACUUGCUAAAGAAAUGGAUCGAGAUGUUGAUGUGGCCAUUAAUGUCAUGGAGAAGAAUAAGGAGGAGAUGCGCAAAUGUCAUGAAAUGAUCAAUGUGACAAUGAUGGACAGAGGAGGUCAAGAUCAAUUCCUUUCCACACAUGCUGCACUUAUGGCUGAUAACGAGUAUCAAUCUACAGCUUGUUUUGUGGUUAUCGAUGGUUCCAAGCCACUAGAUGAGAAGGUGACCACAUCCAAGUUUCGGCUUGCAGAUGGAAGUUUUAUUGAGAAACCACGUGAUGUUGCUACUACAAGAGCCGACGUCAUACGCCACUGCUUCACUGCCCUCUCUGCUGCCUUUCCUGCUGGCAGAAGACGCAAUAAGUUUUUUGGCAAAAGGCGUGUCAAAAGGGCACCAGCAACGUUCAUGUUUGCUACUAGAAAGGACAAAGCAAGAAGUAAAAGUUUUAUGGCAAGACAGGAGCAAAUAGUGCAAGAAAUCAUCGCUGAAGAGAAUUUUGGUGAUCACAUUGUGCCCUUUAGUAAAGAGCCUUAUCAUGUGCUUUUCCAUGUUGACAACACAAAGUCAGGAACAGGCAAUCCUGAUCCAACGAUUGUCCUCGUCAAGAAAAUGAUUGUUGAAAUGGCUCGUGAAUACUGGGAUGAAGAAGAGAAGAUACCAUUACCAUGGGCCAUGCUAGAUAAGGGUCUGGGUCUGCUGAGAAUGAGAAAGCACAAAGUUCUUGAUCUGCACGAUGUCUGCCAAUUAGCUGCCAGGGUGUGUGAUAUCUCAUCAGAUGAGGAAUGUAGACAAGCACUGCGAUAUCUUUGCAGCCAUGGAAGCAUUGGAUUUUAUCACAAUGUUGUCGGGCUCAAUAAGAAGGUGCUUCCCAACAUUCAGUGGGUUGCUGAUGUGUUGGCCAUCUUUGUCACAGUUUUGGAUCGCACAAGAAUUCCUCCUGAGUUGUGGAAUGAUCUCAAGAAGCUUCAUCAAGAAGGGAUGAUGUCAUGGAAUCUUGCCAAGUAUCUGAUGGCAAAGGCAGGAGUAGAAGAAGCAAACUAUGCUGUUAUCCUUAUUCUUCUGCAGCUAUUUAAUAUCAUUUCAGGGGCAUACUUGGCCGCUCGUUCAAUUGCUCCAGAUGUCAAAGUUCAACAUGGUCAGAACUUUUUUGUUCCCUCUAUGGUCAUCAAAGAAGUCAUCAAGACCCCUUUUGCCUACCAAUCAGCAUUUUGCUCUUCUACAUCUCCUCCAUCUUUGUUCUUUGUGCCCAGAGGUUUCAAUGCUUUUCUCAAGCCUCUAUUUUACCGUCUUGUGACCCGCAUUGUCAGCAAGUACACAAAAAGCCCACAGCUCAGUAGAAACCAGGUGAUACUUCAUCUUCACAAGGAUGUUGAUCUGGAGUUGGUCUACACUGUGAAGGCUGUCAUCGCUACCGUCUACUGUCCAUCAAGAUUGAGUCACAGGAAACUACCUGCAGAUGAAGUGCUUUGUCCACUGUGUGAUGAUGUGCGAGUGAUUCUAAUAGAACAACUCACUCAAGCGAAGGAACGAGGAAUGGAUGGCUUUCAGUUUGAUGUCUGUGUUCAUGGUGCUGUUGAUGAAGCUCCACUAGAGUACGAUUGGAACCAACUGGCUUCAUUGGAUGAAUAUCCAGAAGAUGAUAUUCUGCUGGACAAAGAGCAUCAAAGCAUUGAUCCUCCUGCUAAACUUGAUUUAUGGUUUGAUAACACAUGUACUAGUCAUACUGUUGAAGUUGCUGCUGACAGUGUUUAUGAUCCAGAUGUGAUUCUGUCUGCUGUAUUACAGCAGGGUCAUGAUCGUUGGCUCUCUAUUGGUCUGAAGUUGGGAUUUACAAUCAUCAAAGUCAAUGAGAAUACAAGUGUUUUCUCUCUUGGUGCUGACAAGUUGAAGGCUUUGUUUGAAGCAAAAGCACAAGACGUAGGACGAGAUGAAGCAGCCAAGCAACUUCUAGCAGCAUGUCAUUGUAUUCCCCAGCCAAUCAUUAUGGCAGUAAAGGAUCAACUUGCAGGUGAUGCAGCAACUGCAGCAACUCAGCUGAAACCUGAUGCUGUGGGAAUGAACUUGGAACAAGUAGCUGAAUGCAAACUGACUAAUACGCUCCUCGUCGCUGUGGCUGAUGAGAUUGCUAGUUACUGGAGGGAAUUUGCUGCUCAUCUUGAUCCAGACAAGUUCACUGUAGGCAAGACCAGUAUUAUACAACAGGAACACCAAAGACUAUUUUACCAGGCUUGUAAAAUGCUGGAAGAUUGGAUCAGUUGUCUGGACCAACAAGCUACAUGUCGUUUGAUUGUGAAAACAUUUCUGGCCAUGGACAAGAGAGCUGAAGCAAAUUCUAUAUUCGGUGUAGAGCUGGUAGAGUACAUUGAAGAACACAAUGAAUGAAGUAUUAGUUUGCAGACAUUAGUUAAAUUGGACUUUUGAUUUGUAGCUUGUAACCACAGGAACCAAGUUAUCUACAUGUAUGGUUUGAUGUCAAUAGUCGGUAUAGAGAUAUCCAACGUGUUAUAUACAGAUAUGAAAACACAUCAGGUAUUGAGAAUGUGUUCUGAUUGUUUAUAAUGUGUUCUAUGAUUGUUUACUGCACUUGCACGAUGUACAUUGCAUUUUAGUAAAGAGACAAUCAUUGA